AUGGCCUCACCUGCUGACCAUUUCGUGGAGAUCACAACACCGACAUCAGAAGUCGAUGCCAAAUGUCUAUCGAGUCAAACACCACAGUACACACUGCAAUGGCGCAACCUGAGUCUCAAAACCGUUGCGAUAAGCCGCAAACAAUCGGACGAGAAGACCAUUCUCUCCAACGUCAGUGGAUGUGCACAGCCCGGCGAGCUUCUCGUCAUCAUGGGGCCCUCUGGUGCAGGCAAGAGCUCGCUUCUCGACUGUAUCUCCGGACGCAAUAGUGCCGUUGAGGGAGACAUUCUACUGAACGGACAUCCGUGGAGCGACACCACAAAGCGAUUUUCUUCAUACGUGAUGCAAGACGAUCUUUUCUAUCCGACCAUUACUGUGAAGGAGCAUCUGAUAUUCCAGGCAAAGCUGCGCAUGGGAAAGACGGUAUCACCAAAACAAUACCGACAACGUGUGGACGACGUGAUGGAAGAGCUCGGACUUCAGAAAUGCCGCGAUACGUUGAUUGGCGGUAUCUCUUUGCGAGGCAUUUCGGGUGGAGAGCGCAAGCGUCUUUCAUUUGCAACGGAGAUCCUGAUAAAUCCGUCGAUCUUGUUUGCUGAUGAGCCAACAUCGGGUCUAGAUAGUUUCAUGGCUGAAACAGUCACGAUGCAGCUGCAGCAAAUCGCUCGUGGUGGCCGAACGGUGAUCGCGACGAUUCACCAGCCAUCUUCAGAAGUAUUUGCACUUUUCGACCAGCUGUAUCUGCUCUCGGAAGGUUCUUGUGUCUUUCAUGGCAAAGCUGUGGACUCGGUAAACUAUUUCGCGUCUCUGGGCUACACCUGUCCGUCGUUGAUGAAUCCAACGGACUAUUUCAUGAAGCAAUUAGUUGUGAUGGACAAAGAAACCGACUUGAAUGGUGUUGCACGGAUUGAGAUGCUAAAAGAGUCGUGGACGCAACAUCAAUGUCUACCUCAAAUUGAAGAGACUGAUGGGGACAAUGUGGUUGAUGACUAUCAAGACCCACGCUUAGGGUUUAUCGAGCAGGUGGGAGUGCUUGCGCAUCGAAAUGUGGUACGCUUUGUGCGCGAUCGCAUUACUUUCCGCGCAACGAUUUUGCAAACGUUGUUCAUUUCUUUGAUUGUGGGUCUCAUUUACUUGCAGCUAGAUCUCGACCAGAAAGGAAUCCAAAAUUUUACAGGCGCUUUCUUUUUCUUGGUUGUCAACCAGACGUUCGGCGCUGCCAACCCAGUUUUCAUCUCUGUACCACUGGAACUACCGAUCAUCAUUCGCGAGUACAGGGCAGGACUGUUUCACCUGUUCUCGUGGUACCUCGCUAAGAACGUGAGCGAGUUGCCGAUGCAAAUUCUCUUGCCGAUUUUGUUCUUCGUGCCGACCUAUUUCUUGAUUGGUAUCGGUCAUGGAUUCGACGUUUACAUAUCCCAGCAAAUUAUAAUUAUUCUAGUAAGCAGCUGUGCUGUGGGCAUUGGAUACAUGGUUUCAUGUUUAGUUCGUCGAGUGGACAUCGCCCCCAUUAUUGGCGUUGUCAUCAUCCUACCCUUCUUGCUGUUCGGAGGACUGCUGAUCAACUCUGAGGACUGCCCGGAUUACUUUGUGUGGAUCCAAUAUGUGUCCCCUAUCAAAUACGGAUUCGAAGCUAUGAUGAAGAUAUUCUGGAAACAGGUUCCAAUGGUCGCUUGCAACGACGCAAUCGAAAAUUGUUCGGCGCGUACUGGGGAAGACGUGCUGAAGAAUUUUAGCAUGCAGUCAAGGUCAGCACUAGUUGACGGUUUGAUUCUAUUGGCUAUCAAUGCUGGCUUCCGCACAAUUGGAUUCGCCGGUUUGUGGCUUAAUCUGCGGAGGGGAGGAUGA